CAUAUCAACAGUGCCGUGACGAGAUACAUGCCGUUAGCGGCAGGUCGCUGUUAGCUCCGCUGAGGUUCUUGAACUUUUCCAGGGAUCCGUUUCCAGAACCGACCGAAGGAAGGUUGUUCGAAUCGCCCAGGUGGGGAUCGGAAUCAUCUUCUGGUACGAGACAUCGCUCGGUCGUCAUACUUCGGGCAUCCUCCGUAUUGUCCGGACACGUCGUUCUUCAACAUCAUUUCGCCCGCUUUCGUCGCAUUUCCGGAGAUACCCGGUCCAAUCACAUUAUAAAAGUUGCAAAAAGUGGUCGGCUGGUCCCGAAUUCACGUUCCUUGAGCCGGAAAUAACUUGACGAAUUCGGCGAUCCAAGAGAGAAUACUUCGAAUUUCUGGACUCACAAUUAGGUUCAGGUUCUCACAAUUAAAGUUGAACAGAAAACAAUUUUUUAAUUUAAUAAAAUCGGGAGGAAUUUGGGAACAGAAGACGAACAAAUGUUAUCGAUCAACAUGCGUAUAUUCAAGACUGUAUUACUCAUCGCUUCCUUUGGAACGAGCGUUCGGUGUUUACCCGUUGCUGAGGAAUUGUCCACGACUGAAGUCUCCUCCUCGAUGAUUUUGCAAGAGACAACGACGGCCGCGUCGAUUUCUACGGAUUCCAAUAUCACCGAUUACUAUGAUCAGCGACAGAAUGGAACCGAGAACUAUCGUAUCCACGUAGACGGUGUGGUAUUAGUAUUCGCACCGGUCGAGGCACUAUUACUCAUGGGUGGCGAGACCGAUUCUAAUUUACCGAUUUCCAACCACAGUGGAUCUCCAAUUCAGUCUAUUGGCGACAGACCCAAUCUCGAUGGCAUCCAAAAUAAAACCGAAUCAGCGAUCUCGAAAACAAUACAUAAAUCAGCUUUACGAUUGACGAAUCUGUUGGCACCCUUAAUACAACGCAUACAUCAUGAACGAGGCAUGAACGUACAUUAAAACAGUUCUUCAAUACUCGCUUCAAUAUGCUCGCUUCAAUAGUGUUCCGUAUAAAACAUGUAUUAGAAAAAUGUUAUUUUUCUCUCUUUCCUCUUUACAGAUUUUCUUUCCCCAUAUUUAACUCUAUAAUUAUUUAAAAUACAAUUUUUUUUUUAAAUUAUGCAUUAUAAGGAUAGGAUAUCUGCAGCUACAGGGAUAAUAAACGAAUACUCGUAUAAAAUAUAAUGUAUAUGAUCGAUAUAAACUAUGCAUUUAUGUAGUAUCUAUUAUCAAUAAAAAAAUGUAUUGAUUA